AUUCGAUUCGAUAGCUAAGCAGCGAUACUUGAUUAUGUGCUUAGCGUUUCGAAGGACAGUCAUAUAAACAUCGCCUAUUUUUCCCUCGAAUUUUAACUUGCUGGGAUUCAAGUUACUUUCCGUGCACGAAAAUGGUGCCGGGGAAAGGUAACGUAUCUAAAGGAAAAGGAGCAGCCAAUGUUAAGGGGUCAACAUCCGCUACAAAAGUAAAACGAGAAAGAGUGUCGGAACCUGAGGACUCUGAUGAAGAAGUAUCUCUUGCUGACGUCCGAGCUAUCGACUAUGCAAAAGCUUUACCCCGUUUCACAGCCAUUGCAGGCAGAUCUGAAGAUGGUGGUGUAAUGAUGGAUGAUUUGGAUGCACUCCAAAUGGAACUAGAAACACUUCUCAAUUGUGUUGUCUUGCGUUCCUUAAAUUUACAGAGAGAAAUUGCAGGAAUGACCGAAAAGCCUCCAUCUCCUGGAAAGCGUUCUAAGCAAGAUGAGCGCUCACCCAAGAAAUUCAAGGACCAACAAGGCAAACUUAGAGAUGCCCAUACACCCCCACUUCUGAAACAGAUGAAGAUCAAGUCUGCAUUAGCUAAACCUAUCCUACCUGAAGGAGGAGUGGAAGAGUUGCCUCCAUUAGAACUCAUGAAAACGUCUACCGCCAAGAACGAUACACCGAAUAAGUUUUGGGCUUCCGUAGAACCCUAUUGCGCUCCGUUUACAGAUGAUGAUUUAAAGCUAGUAGAAGAACUGAUCUCAAAUCACAAUGACGACGAAGAAUACCUUAAAAUCCCUCCCCUCGGUCGCCAUUACACACUUCGGUGGGCAGAAGACGAUUUGCUUCAAGAACAGAGAGAGGGUUCUCGCUUUGGUGAAAAAAAGAAGAUAACUACCGGAUCUUCAAUGGGAACAGAGGAGGCUCAGAGGCUGAUGGACACGGCAGCCAAAAACAAUGGGGAAGCGAAUCCUACCUCUUCAACAGGAAUUUGCGGACCCAUGACUCAGCGUCUCAUUUCAGCCCUUUUGGAAGAAAAUAUCGUAACAUCUAUCCAGGAGACUAUGGAAUCGGAAGGACAAGACGAAAAUGCCAAAUCCACUGGUGAAAAAGCACCAGUAUUCAAUGGACCUCAAGCUGCUGCGCUUGAACGCCGUAUUCGCCAGGAAUUAGAAGAACAAGGCAUUCUGACAUCAGAGGAAGCCAACAUUAACCCGGCUGAUGAUGAAAUUCUGACGGAGCUACGUCGUUGCCAAGGAGAAUUGAGAGCCAUAUCUCAACACAACUUGAAGCAGCUGAAACGACUUUAUCGUCUUAGUCAAGAAGAAAUGAAACGCCAGGACACACGGAAAAAGCUUAUGGCAGCGGACGCCGAAGUACUAGACACAUAUCGCAAAAUGGUUGCGGCAAAACAAAAAAAACGUCCGUUAACUAAAAAGGAAAAAGAGCAAAUGUGGAAAACCCUUCGCGAUCGCGAGGCGAUCGUGAAACAGUUGGACACUGGGGCUCCGAUAGAAACCAUUUUGAAUGCUUCCGCAACAGCGAAUGAUCACGACACGAAUUUACGUUGUAGUAGGUACGCAAAUCUUUAUUAUUAGGAGGGGAAGUAGUGAACACAUGGUAAGAAUUAUAAUCCAAUUUCAUCAAACAAUGAUUAUUCAAUGAAUUUCAACUUCUCCAAAACUGAGGGUUCAAUUCUAGUUCUUCUAGUGAAGUUAUUAAACCAGUUUCUUAAUGCA